AUGGACUGUCUUAAUUCUAGAGUUGAUAGACGUCUAAGUCAAUUAUUUGAAGUGGUUAAUAAGAACAAAAGUGAUUUUGAUGAGUUUAGAAGAUUUUUAACUACACUAAUAAUCCAAUCUAGAGCUCUGUCAUUAUAUGGUGGGAAUUCAAACCCCAAUAGCAAUUUCGGAAAUUUAAGUUCAUCUCCCGCCGGCGGCGGAAAUGGUCAGCCACGGCAAGAUAACCUCUUUCCGCCGAUGACAAACCAACCAACUCCUCACCGCAUGAAUCGCGGCGAGAUUCCUGCCACUACUCAAGUGGAAGGGAUACCCAAUGUGGGAGUUGGAGAAAUUCCCCCACGUCGUGAAAAUUUGGGAGUUACACAUUCUGCUCCAGUGGAACCGCCACCCAUACCCAUACCAAUGGCAAGGCCCUAUACGGUGCCUGCUCACAUGGGAGGGGGAGUAGGCUUAGGUGGGGGGGGGGGGAUCAAGUUCCUCCGAGAGCAUACCCAACACCCAUGCCACCCCAUUUCAAUGGGCAUGACAUGGACCCCAUGGGUUUCGUACCCCAAGGGGGGCAACCAGGGGGGCAUGAUCCCAACACUCUAA